AGCGCGUAGCAGGUCGGUAAUGGGACUAAGAAUAGAUCUGUGCUGGGUUGUUCAUGGCUUGGGACGAGCAGAGGGACCCGGUGGUACAAGAGGCCUACCUGCUGGCCCGGGACUACAUUGCUUAUGUAACAGGGACAGCUACUGGCCCCGCUCCGUCUGCAGCCGCGUUAGCCCUGCGGCAAGCUAGCGACGAACUGCUGGAGAAAUUCCCGAUUUUUUUCAAACGCUGGCCCAAGGUUUUUAGAGGGGUCACCGAGGAACGGGCCUGCGACUUCCUCAUCCAGAUAGUGGAUGAGAAUUUCCAACAACAGCGGGAACGGCGGCACAGGCAGACGGGUUACGCCAUGGAGCUGCCAUGGAGCACGGUGCUCUCCGUUUAUGUGCUGGCAGGUCAGAUGGCCAUCAACUGCCAGAAGAAUGGAAUGGAACGUGCCCUGGGGCCUUUGGCAGAGACGGUGGGCCACUAUGUAGAAGAAAAUAUUUGCCCUCUUAUUAAGGAGAAGGAUGGAUGGGUGGGCUUUAUUGAACGCUUUAGUAGAAAAGAAGGGCUGGAGAAGAAGGUGCUAAGGACGUGCUGUGGCCUCCUGCUUGUCUGUGUGGCCCUCCUGCUCACCAGCUUCCUGUGGAAAAGAAAGAUGGCUUCCUCCUGACAUCCUCUAUCACCAGUUCUAGUCUGCGGUACAAGGACAUCAUGAACAAAAUGGCAGCAACAAUGGACGCAAACUGCUGGCGAGUAAGCGUGGAUCCCUUAUUGUACAGCGCUGCGGAAUAUGUUGGCGCUUUAUAAAUAAAUGUUAAUAAUAAUAAUAAUAAUAAAAAUAAUAAAUCCCGGGCACAAGGAUAGUGUUUUGCCUGUCCUCCCUCCAGCACCUUCUCCUACCCCAAAGGAAUAUGAAAAGGAUUCAAAUACAGGCAAUGCACACUGACGCCGGCAUACAAUGAAUGGACCAACUUGUAGCCAAUCAGAACAAUAGCCAAUUAGAGCAUUAGAAUUUCAUAUGGAUAGCCUGAACUGCAGCCAAUCAGAACAUCAGCCCAUUAUCAUGCUAUUCGCCGGUUGAUCUGCCAUUAAACGUUAUAUUGUGCUCUGCGUUUUUAUUCUG